AUGAUGCACUGCGUUCUGGCAUUCCUUCUGACUUCGAAUUUUGGCUCGAAGCUGUUUCAUCGCAUUGCCUUGGUAAGCGAUAGUCCUGAAGGAUUCGGGUAUGGCGUCUGCCAAAAUCCAGAUGGAAACAGCUUCUCUUUCCCCAGUCAAGACCCUGAUAUUUUCUCUACAACCGGCCCAAAACCUAGCACAGGUACAGAUAUUCGGGCUUAUUGCUCAACGAAAUGGGGGGGUAAUGAGAUAUUAGCUCAACUCGCGAAAUAUCUGGGCGAUCGAACCCACAAUUCUCAAGGUGGGCUAGCUGAAGAAUAUGAAGUGGAAGAAAAAUGUCGCCGUUCUAUUUCUUCAUUAAUUCAAACGCCACCCAGAUUAAAGCACGCUUCUCUGACAAAAAUUUUACAGAUUGGUCAAUGUGAUGAACAAAUGAUAGCUAAUCAAGCCGUUCGGGGAUUCAUCAAAGUCAUUGGAGAAUUUAGACGAUUUUCCCAGUCGAAUGAUGAAAGUUACUACAUCAUUAAUGCUGAUAAACCGGUCAGUAUGGGUAGUGUGGUGAGCAAUGGUGAAAUAUUCAUGGUCACAAAAGUUGAGGAAGGGUUCAAGGCACUAGCUUGGUAUCAGGGCCACUUGCAUCUUUUUCAAAGAAAUUUAAAUGAUGACUUAUGGCACCCGAUUACCGACCUAAUUUCCAGCCAAAGAAACGGACAAAUUAUCAGUCAAUAUGUUUGGGCCGCUCAUGACAGUCUCUCGCAGAUCAAAAGACAUCUGGAAAAAGUCAGAGAUCAAACUGAGUCCACUUUGAAAAAAAAUAUACACCGGCUGGAAUCUGGAAAUAUAAUCACAGAGAAAAAAUUAAGUAUUAUUAUUAAGAAUACACACUUAAAAAAACUAGUAGCAGAUCCAGCAAACGGCAGGCUGGGUUGA